AUGGAGGGACUUUCUAACCAGACGGACAACACGACAUUGUGGGAUCGGUAUGGUACAACCAGCGCCAUCUUCCAUGAGUUUGCACCGACGUACGUUACCCUGGAUCGCGCCGUGACGCCGGUGUGGAUUGUCCUUGGCCUUGUCCUGAAUCCGGUGUCCGCCUACAUCUGGCUGGAGAGGCGAAUCCGGAGGAAUAACUCAUCAGCUAUCUACCUGGCUACCCUCUCCAUCUGUGACUUCGUGUUCCUUGUCCUGCAGAUUUUCGUGGAGCUGCGAUUCUGGGGAAUUUACACGUAUGACGAGAAGAUAUGGUGCAAAGUGUUUUACCUGGCUUAUUACUGGCCUCAAUACCUGUCGCCUUUGCUCGUUCUAGGCUUUACCGUCGAGCGUUACAUCGCCGUCUGUCAUCCAUUCGCCAAGGAGCGAUUCUGUACGGUAUCAAGGGCCAUCAAUACGGUGAUUUCCAUACAGGUCAUCUCCUUCGCUCUCGCCUGCGUGCAGCCAUUCGCUUGGGAGUACGCGGAGGUGACCAGUGAGUGCGGAACGUCCGAAAAGGUAGACGAUUUUUAUCAAGGAUGGACCUUCUUUACCGAGGUUCUUGUUUUCGGUGUCGUUCCGUUGGCAGUGCUUGUAUUUAAUAUCAGAGUAUUGCUAGAGAUAAAACGCAUCACUAACGAAAGCGGUUCAAUGCUUCCUUACCAACCUAACCAGUCCUCUAAUACAGCGGCAUCAACAAUAACGCUGGUAAGCGUGUCAUUCUAUCUAAUCUUAAGUCUGUUACCGGUGACCAUCGUGUACAUCAUGGGCUUCCUUAUUCACUCUGGGGAAAUAAACUUAACGGAUGAGCAGGUCCGGGCAGAUCCAGCCUGGACAAGAUACUUUAACUUUAUGAUUGCCCGUAAAUUUGUCGAGGAACUGUGUCUUUCACAUUACUGCUUCUAUUUCUUCAUCUAUAUUGCCACAGGAAUGCAGUUCCGUAACGCGUUCGUCCGACUGAUUUGUCAACAUAAAGUCUGUCAGUCGCGUCGGAAUGCCAACGUAAAAUACAACGUCGUGCAUGCAAACGGUGAUGGAACGACAUGUGUUACUGCGAUUUGACGAUGUCUGUGCAGAGCGGAAACCAAUAUGGAGAUAAAGGCAUGUCAAAUAUCGGAUAGUUUUGUAUAAAGCCAUGUUUUGCGCGACAUCUAGUGUUACACGACUCUCAACCUCUACGUGGCAAGGUUGGUUUCGAUGACACAUCUAGAAACUUGUCUAUUGAAACGAUUUUCACAGAAGACACAAAUCGAAUGUGACAAGAUAAUUUCUAGACAUAGAAGGUGCAACUCUGAUGUAACAAGAAAACAUUUAAGCUUACAGAGAGAUAUAGAGGAGAAAAUUCUAAUAUGACUGGCUAAUUGUAUGGGCUUGCCCACACACAGCAGAGACAAAUCCGGUGUGAUAAUUUGCCGGGCUUGAUCACAAACACAAAGGAGACAAGUCUACAGUGAGGAGUUAAGUUUUGUGCUCGCUGACAGACACAAAGGAGACAAGUCUACAGUGCGGAGUUAAGUUUCGUUGUCGCUCACAGACACAAAGGAGACAAGUCUACAGUGAGGAGUUAAGUUUUGUUAUCGCUUACAGAAACAAAGGAGACAAGUCUACAGUGAGGAAUGAAGUUUUGUGCUCGCUUACAGAAACAAAGGAGACAAGUCUACAGUGAGGAAUUAAGUUUUGUGCUCGCUCAUAGACACAGAAGAGACAAGUCUACAGUGAGGAAUUAAGUUUUGUGCUCGCUCGCAAUCUCAAAAGAGACAGGUCUACUAUGAGGGGUUAAGUUUUGUGCUCGCUCGCAAACUCAAAAGAGACAGGUCUACUAUGAGGGGCUAAGGUUUGUGCUCGCUCACAGACACAGAAGAGACAGGUCUAAUGUUAAAAGUUAAUUUCUGAGCCUGCUCUGUCUCGUGUUAAUUUCUGACCUUACUAGCAUAUAUAGAAAAGACAACGUUAUGAGAUUUUCUCUGGACUGGCUGACAGAUACAUAUAUCUAAAGAAUGAGUCGAUAGCUUUCUCACUGGUGGUAUGAAGUAUUUAGAAUAUGGAUAUGAAUUGAAAACGGACAUUCACACUGCACCCUACUGUAGAACACUGGUGAGGUUCUUUCAAACAACCGUCACGUGGACUCUGAAACUAGAUCGAAAAAGAGUGAUAUAUAACCUGAAACGCUCGAUACUAAGAAAACAUUGAUAGGUAACUGUGCACUGGACAAGCUGACAGAUUUAGAGGGCGUUGAUAGGCUGAAUGUUAUCCAAUUCCGUCAUACCUGUACAAAUCAGGUAACUCCUGUCAAUAGCACUUUCGGAAAUCGAGGACUAAAACCUUCAUUAAUGGUCAAACCGAUAUGACUUACUGCUACAAGGUGGUAGGACGAAUCACUCCAUUUACAUCUUGGGUAAUGAGAGGGUUUCGAGUUGAGGAGUUUCGAGCUUAGAUCUAUCUUACAUGAUGUGAGUGAAGUUAGUCUGCGGCUCGCAGUUAGCGGGUAACUCUCCAUUUUUGAAACCAUUCACUUAACCUUCCGCGUAACGAAGGGUUUUUGAAGUAACUCCUGUUAAAACUAGUUGGACAGUUUUGGUAACAAAACUUGCUUAUCUUCGGUGUAUUUUGAAAUAACACCGACUUAAAUUUAAUUUGAGUCUCAGUUUUGAAAUUGAAUCAUGCUAAAACAGUAGGGUUUGAAGUGAUUUUAAUUUAGCUUGAUUUUCGGUUUUACAAAUGUCUCUGUCCACAAGUUUGUUUUCAGGGCUCAUGCCUACUGAAUUGUGCUCUAAGUUGGCUUAAUUGCAUAGAAAAACCUUGCAUCGACCGUGUCUGUAAUACGUGCAGUGCUACCGGUUUUAGUAGCAUCCCAAAGCUAUGAACAACUCCGACGGCAAAUUUAAACUCGACUCGUUGUCAUUAUUUUAUUAUUGUAUCCAUAGAGCAAUAAAUCCUCGAAUCUGGCAGGUCCAAUCAAGUGUAGUGGGUUCCAACUACUUGUAGUUGUUUUUGCAUGUAUAUCAAAAACAAAGCUGUAUCUUCAUUUUAGAGAGGACAGUUCUUUAAAAAUGGAUGUAAUAUUUCUUCAAUGCAAACAAAACACUAGCAGUGACAUCACGGAUAUCCAGUCGACCCCAACAGACAACCGCAGAAUCUGAUGGCUUAAUAGCGUUUUACUCGGUUGGAAAAAUUCUAAAAUAUGGUCAGAAUAAUUUUUAUGGACAGUGGUAAAUCGUCUUUUAUUGGAAAUAUACUUUCUGUAAGUGUUUUGUUUGCCUGUAAAGUAAUAUAAAAGGCUUACCGUCUGGAAGUUCAGGCAGUUUAAAGACGGAAUGUGUAAUCGGAGUCAUUUGUAUAUAUUUCUUUGUCAUGCAUGUCUUACAAUGUAUAUAUGUAGAGAAAUAAAAUUACAAAAUAUUGUAUUUAUAUAUUCUAACUAUAAGUUUAUUUAUGAGAAAUAAGUUGAAGAUGUGCAUGGAAUACCAUAUGUAUGUUUUAAUUUGAGAUUAAAAUUUGUAGCCAAACAUAUUUGCUGUAACCAGUGUUAAAGGGCAGGGAAUUCUUGCCUAAGCUGCAAUGCUACAAUGUCUUUGACCAAUACCAAAAGAAAAAUACCCUAUGAGGUAUUAAAGGAUAUUUGUCAAAUAUAUGAUAUUCCAAAUAAAGAUCCUAUCA